UAAGCACCUACUUAACAUUGAGCUCACACUAGUUGUAGAAUGGCAACAUACUUUGGCGAAAUUUUGCCAGUCAUAUCUAGGGCUGUCGAUGAUGACGACGAAGAGGAGUCGUUUGAAAAUAUAGAGACGUACGUGAAACUGAAAUGGAAAAAGGAAAUCGAAGAAGAAAUGGAGCUAACGAAGGACCAAAAACUGCCUGUCGAUGCCUUUGUUUUAGCUAUUGGUCCUGCAGCAACAGGUUUCACACAAACAUAUGUGACACACAAGAAUUAUGAGAUGAUUGGUGCUCUCUUUUGUGGGAUGAAGGAGAAUGAUGUGAACACAUUCAGUCAACACUCCCUCACAGACAAGACAUGUUAUAUCUACAGAAAAUGUGACUACAACAGUGCUCUAGUAUGCGAGUGUAAUUAUGACAUAAGACCUGAGUAUGCCCAUUCGUUCGUUAAUCAGUUGAUGUCCUCUCUCAGCAUAAACGAUGGCCAUGUUCUGGUUUUAAGUUCAGCUUUCACCAGUGAAUACAAGUCGGAAAUACCCACAUCAGACAUGAACCCUCCUUUUAUGAGGGCUUUGAAAACUGUCCAAUUUCUUGGGACUCCUCUAGCUCCAUAUCUGGAACAGCCAAACGUGGCAACAGGACUUCCUGCUCAAGUGCUGACUUACUGUCACAUACACAAAAUCAAGGCUGUGUUAUAUGUGUGUUACACAGACUCCAUUCAUCUUGACUUCGCCACCAUGAAAAAAUUUCAACCCCUCAUUGAAGCCACUCCCAUCAAUCUGAUCCAUGAGAAAAAUUCCAAAGCCAGUGAAACCCUGAAACAAAUUGUGGACCUGCAUACAAAACACAGUACCCUCUACUUAUAGUCUAGACUGUCAUAUAGAAGUUGGAGAACAAAACAAGUGAUCUGUUCAUGGCUUCCAGGCCUUUGUCUUCAUGUUUAAUUUUCCAAUGUCAUCAUGUUCAGUUUUCCAUUGUCUUCAUGUUUAUUUUUCUGAUGUGUUCAUGUUUGAUUUCCCAAAUUUUUCAUGUUUAAUUCCCAAUGGUCUUCUGUUUAAUUUCCCAAUGUCUCCAUGUUUAAUUUCCCAACGUCUUCAUGUUUAAUUUCCCAACGUCUUCAUGUUUAAUUUCCCAAUGUCUUCAUGUUCAAUUUCCCAAUCUUCAUUAUCUGCAUCAUUUGUACUUGUACAUUAUUUUGUGGCAUUUAUCAGUGUAUGGUAGUAUUAAUACUAGUACAUGAUAGAUAAAUGAGAUUAAAUCAAAAUAAACUUUUGUCAAUUUGCAAA